GAGAGCUUAUCUUUAAUUAUAUUUGUCAAUGCGAUAAAGUUCUAGAAGCGGGUAUAAAACCCCUUUGCGAUACAAGGAUUUCGGAUGUCGCAUUGAAAAAUGAAGAUGAAAAUAAUAUUUGUCGUUUUCGGAAUUUUGCAUGGCAGCUGUUCAGCUGGCGACUGCCCACAAUGUUACCAUGUUGGCUUGAUAUCUAACCAGCCACUAGGCCACGAUGACGAGGAAGCGCUUGAGAAGGUGACAAAUUUCGACUGUGCUGAAAACAAGUUUAGCGCAACAACUUGUUCAAGCGGUGAUAGGUGUUUCAGUUUCUAUUCAGUAUCCCACGGAAGGGGCUUCGGAAACAAUUCCGAUCUAAAGUAUACAAUGGAAAUUAUAGAACGGGGAUGGGGAAAACUCGUUCAAUCGACGGUCAAAGGCAUCUGUGAAAACUCGAUAAACGGAAGUCCAAACAAAAUUGCUGCUGCUUUGCAAUUGGCACUGAGCCAGGUCUCAAACGUAAAUGUUACUGGUGAGGAAUGCGAUGGAUCGAAGACCUUCCAGCUCCAGGUCCCCAGAUCCGGCGCCAACGGUAGAAAUUCCUCUACGAACGGCAGUUUGCUAUGUGCCUUUCUCAUUAUAUUUGCCACUUUUAUGUAAAAUACGAACAUCCAAUUGUGUAAUUUGUAUAAUGACCAUCUACAAAAGACCGUAUUUUAUUUGCAAGCGUAAAAAGCAACUGUGCUUAAACUAUAGUGUUAGUUAAAAUGAUUUAUAAAGAAAGAAAGAUAUUAAAAUUCUUUGGUAAUUUGAUUAAACAAAAUAAAUUUAAAAGGCAUAUGGUGUAUGGUAUACACAAAAUAAUUAUCUCUGCAGAUGUUGUCAAGCACAUCAAAUAUUCUUAUGAUAUAUGUUAAAUAUGAUUAUCACAUAUGUAUAACACUAUAUCCUAUUUACAAAUACUAGACCAGAAAAUAUGGAAAUACAAUAAGUUACCCUUAAGUAUUGCGGGGAAACGUCUUAGAACCUUUUUUCGAGCCAAGUUCCGUAUAAUAACGUGAUAAAUGUAACUUCUAUGCAUGUAGUGUAAUACAGUGUUUUGACGGGAA